CGUUUCGGGGGCUCACUCGGCGGCUCCGUCUCCGCAGGUACAUGAUGAUGAGGGACUGCUGGCACGCGGUGCCCUCGCAGCGGCCGACCUUCAAGCAGCUGGUGGAGGACCUGGACCGGGUGCUCACGCUCACCACCAACGAGGAGUACCUGGACCUCAGCCAGCCCCUCGAGCAGUACUCGCCCAGCUACCCCGACACCAGGAGCUCCUGCUCGUCGGGCGACGACUCCGUCUUCUCCCCGGACCCCAUGCCCUACGAGCCCUGCCUCCCGCAGUACCCGCCUGUCAACGGCAGCGUGGACACCUGAGCGGGCGUGUGUCCCGCCCCCUCCCAGCAGGGCGGGCGGCGCGGGAGCCUGGCCGCACGGAGCAGGGCCUGCCUCGGAGCUGUGUCUCCGACUGUACAUAUGGACCGGAGGACGCGUCGUUGGGAGGGUCCGAGACAGGCGUGUAAAGAUGACACCAUCGGAAACCUGUCGUCUUCGCCAGGGGAUGAGGGACGUUUCCGGGGCAACGGAGGGCCGCCGUGGGACCGCACGCCCGUCGCCCGCCACCCACCGGGCCGGCUGUGGGCCAGCCGGACUCAGGAGACAGACUCGCGUCUGGCCUCGUUGUGAAUGUUGUAAGAAGGGGAGCAGGGGAGGCGGCGCACGCACAGGGCACAGAGGGCACAGAGGUGCUGGGUGUAUGUACAUAGACGCAAAUUAUGUAUAAAUAUAUAUUAUAUAUUUACAAGGAAUUAUUUUUUGUAUUGAUUUUAAAUGGAUGUCGCGGUGCACCUGGAAAAUUGGUCUUUUUUUUUAAAAAAAAAUAGCUAUUUGCUAAAUGCUGUUCUUACCCGGAGUUUCCUAAUUCUCACCGAGCAGCGGUGGGAGGUACUUUUGCUUUCAGGGAAAAUGGUAUAAAACAUUAAUUUAUUAAUGGAUUGGUAAUAUACAAAACAAUUAAUCAUUUAUAGUUUUUUGUUUUUAAUUUAAGUGGCAUUUCUCUGCGGGCGAGUUGACCGGCUGCUCCGACGUGGCUGGUGGCCGGGUCCCUUGAUGAGAGAACUGGUGGCAGAUCUGACCGGUGGGGGAGGCGAGGUUCGGGGUGCGAGCUCUGCUGUCAGGGCCGUCAGACCGCCUGCAGGAGCCGGGGCUCGGGCGAGGGUGUUGGUGGGCGGCUUGGUCAUGGGCGCCCGUGGCCGCUCCCUGCUCCUGCCCGGCCGGUGGGACCAGCUCCUCACACAGCUGCCCUCGCCCGGCCUCGCCUCCCGCGGCGGCCCUGCCCGCGGCGCAGCCGUCAGAUGGGCCUGUGUUCUCAUCGGGGAUUGGGUAGCGGCUCCCAGGUUCGUGGGCGGCAGAGCAGCUCUUAGGGUCUCCAUGACUCACCGUGGGGAACGGGGACGCCGGUUCUUCCGCUGAGCGUUUGGGGUUUAUUCCAUCUUGUUAAGGGGUGGCUCCCGGCGGCUCCUGACGGCUCCCGGCGGCCUCGCCGGCGGGUCCGGCCAGUUUGGCGGCAGAGGAAGCCUAUUUCCCGCCGAGGGUCCCGUGCGAGAGGACUGUUUUGCUUCCGAAACGCCCCUCACGCUGCGGUCGCCGUGCGCCACACAUGCAGAAUACACUGACUGUACGUGCCAGGGCCUUGGGGAAAGUGAUUUAAUAAAACCUGUUAAUUUUUAUACUGACAAUAAAAUGUCUGCAGAUAUUAACGUUAACAAGACAAAAUAAACGUCACGCAGCUUAUUUUUUUA